AAAAUUGAAAAUCUGCCAACUGCCUGCCUGCCACUGUUAAAUCCAAAAAUCUCACUUGCUCCUCUUUUGAUGGAAGAUCGAUCUCUAUGAACUAAACACACAUGAGCGUUAAUUUGUAUCGACCACUGACGCACUGAUGGAUGAUACGACAGUCCUGAGUUACUGGUUGAAUUGGAGGUUCUUCCUAUGUGCAUUAUGGGUCGUCGUUACUAUUACAGUAUCUGGGAUUUUAAUAGCCAAGUAUGAAGUAAAUAACAAAAAGAGAACCCAGAAACAAGAUGACGAACUGGACACGGAACCCACUGGGAUUUUGUACGAGGAUGAAACUUGGAGGACCUCUUUUGAAGAAAUGCAUCCUGCUUGGCUGCUUUGUUACAGAUUAAUUGCUUUCUGUUUGCUACUAACAAUUCUUGUAUAUGAUCUGGUUAUUGCUGGGGCCGGGAAACUGUUCUUUUACACUCAGUGGACGUUUGUGUUGGUCACUUUCUAUUUUGGGCUUGCGUCUUCACUUUCUAUUUAUGGAUGCUACCAAUAUUGUAAUGAAGCCCAUGAUGAUAUCUGUCAUGUGGAUUUAGACACACAAGAAGGCUCGUUAGUGGCUCCUCUAAUAGAAGAGAGUUUUACUCCGCAUAUGCCCAUGAAACCAAGUUACCAGGGAGAAAUUCAUGUUCACAAGACUGCUGGCGUAUGGGGGUUUUCUUGUCAAAUAGUCUUCCAGAUAUGUGCAGGUGCUGUGGGGCUGACUGAUAGUGUUUUUUGGUUCAUAAUCUAUCCGUUUCUUACUCCUGCAAGUUACAAAUUGACUUUUUUGCAUGUUACCUUGCAUUCGGUCAAUGCUGUUCUUCUCCUCAUUGAUGUGAUUCUAAAUCGCCUACGGUUUCCCUUCUUCCGUUUAGCAUACUUUGCGAUAUGGACAUGUAUAUUUGUCAUCUUCCAGUGGAUUUUUCAUGCUUGUGUAUCGAUACCGUGGCCGUAUGUCUUCCUUGACUUGUCAUCUCCAUAUGCUCCCAUCUGGUAUCUUGGAAUGGGAUUGAUUCAUCUCCCUGCAUUUGGCGUCUUUGCCCUCAUAGUGAAGUGGAAGGAGUUACUUUUGUCAAGAUCUUUUGAAAAUAUUGCAGCAUGAAGUAACAUGUAUCGUAGCAACAAGCAAACUACUAUACUAUAACGGAGUAGGGAUAAUUAUUUGUUGUGGAACCCAUUCUUUUGUCCAUUUGGACAUUUUUUUUUCUACUACUUUAUCUUUAUGGGUUCAUUACACACAUUGAAAUGAUAUAACAUCUACUUACAUAGAAACACAAGUUCUACAAUGUGAUAUUUUAUCUUAUUCGAUUGUUGUAGGCCUGUAGCAGUGAUAAACUGGACAUGUUUAAUAACGGGCCCUGUCAAAUGAGUAAUUUUGUAUUAGUCGGUUGAUUGGUAAAGUAGGCCUAUUGGACAAUCGGUCGGGUUGGGUCAAAUGAGUAUCUUGAAGUAAUGUAAUUUUGUAUGGAUCAGGUUGUAUGACAGUAUGGAUCCCUUGUGUGAUCAGGAAUUUUGGCUUGAA